AUGAAUCAAGAACAAUCUAUUCUAACUUCAUUUGGCAAGCCUUUCGAGAAAUUUAAAGGUGAUUAUCGGGUUCGCUUGAAUGCUUCGAUUGAUGUGAUAAGGUAUCUUUUAAAAGAAGGAAUGCCUUUCCGGGGUCACAAUGAGUGUGUAACUUCUACAAGAAGAGGUCAUUUUCUGGAUCUCUUAAAGUGGUAUGCAGAUAAGAAGGAAGAUGUGAAAAAUGUGGUACUAGAAAAAGCUCCAAAAAAUAACACCACGACUUCUCCCGAUAUCCAAAAAGACAUUGUGAAUUCUUGUACAAAAGAAACGGUGAAUGCAAUUGUUGAAGACUUGAACGGAGAUUACUUUGGGAUAUUGGUUGAUGAUUCUAAGGAUGUUUCUCAUAAGGAACAAAUGGCUCUUGUCUUGAGAUAUGUAAACAAGGAGGGUAAAGUUAUUGAGCAAUUUUUUGGUCUUGUUCAAGUGAAAGAUACAUCUGCAAAGUCAUUGAAAGAAGCGAUCUAUUCUUUGCUUUUGGACCAUUCUUUGAGUCGAUCUCAAAUACGGGGACAAGGCUAUGAUGGAGCUAGUAACAUGCAAGGAGAAAUUAAUGGUCUUAAAACUCUGAUUCUGAAAGAUAAUUCUUCGGCAUAUUGCGUACAUUGCUUUGCUCAUCAAUUGCAAUUGACUCUUAUGAUCAAGUUUGAAAAAAUAGAGGAAUUACUAGUGCUCGGUGAAGUUCAUACGGGAAGUGGAUUAAAUCAAGAACUUGGACUUCAAAGGCACAUUCUUGCAAAUGAGGGUGCAAAUUAUCAUGAGAAAGCAAUGGCAAAAAGUCUAGUGGAAGACAUUAGAUCUUAUGAGUUUAUCUACAUGUUGCAUUUGAUGUUGAAAAUUUUGGCGAUUACAUAUGAUUUGAAUAUGGCUUUGCAACGAAAAGAUCAAGAUAUUGUUAGUGAUAUGAAGCUUGUUGAUUUCACAAAAAGAAAAUUGCAAUCGAUGAGGGAAUCUGGAUGGAAUUCUUUGGUAGAAGACGUCUCCUUAUUUUGUGAAAAGAAUGGUAUUAUGAUCCCUAAAAUGGAUGAGAAGUAUGGUCUUGGAAAGUCGCAGCGUAAAAGCUCAAGUUUUAUCUAUUCUCAUCAUUUGCGUGUGGAAGUUUUUUAUGCUGUUAUUGAUUUGCAACUUUCAGAGCUUAACAAUCGUUUUAGUGGAGUGAAUACUGAUCUACUUCUUGGCAUGGCUAGUUUGAGUCCCGAGAAUUCUUUUGCAAAUUAUGAUAAAAAUAGGAUCAUGAAGCUUGCUACUUAUUAUCCAAAUGAGUUCGGUGCUUCCAACCUUGAUGAUCUUAGUUUUGAUCUUGACAAUUAUAUUUACUAUGUGAGAGAAGUGGACAAAGUUUUCUCAAAUUUGAAAGGACUUGGAGAUCUUUCGAUGGCGUUGGUUAAAUCAAAUAUGCACAAGACAUGGGGACUUGUUUAUUUGCUUGUGAAGUUAAGCUUGAUAUUACCCAUGGCUCUCUUAACAGUGGAAAGAGCUUUUUUCGCAAUGAAGUUUAUUAAAAAUGACUUGCAGAGUAGAAUUGGUGAUGGAGGUUCUGACCAAGAAAGUAAAGAAGAAAAAGAAGAAGAAGAAGAUGAUGAUAAAAAUAGUGACGACAAUGAAGAAUCUGAAGAAGAUGAAGAGGAUAAAACUGCUUCUUUUGAAAGGUCAAUGACCGGGGCUGUUGAGUCUUCUAUUGGGACUGAUAUUGACAGACCUUCCACUGAUAAAGCUGUCAAAAUUUUCAGUAUUAAGAAGUUCCGUGUGUAG